AUGGAAAAUGACUGCCUGCGUGCAGUGAGUGUGGGCCUGGGGCGGUGCAGGAGCAGUAUAAAAGCAAGCCCUUCUCCUCACUCUCUCAUCCACUCUUCUUGCCUCCUUCUCCUCAGGAACAAGGUGCAUCUCCAGCCCCAAGCCAUGUCCUGCUACAACACCUGCCUGCCCUGCCAGCCCUGCGGCCCGACCCCACUGGCCAACAGCUGCAAUGAGCCCUGUACCCUGCAGUGCCAGGACUCCAGGGUUGUCAUCCAGCCCUCCCCGGUGGUGGUGACCCUGCCUGGACCCAUCCUCAGCUCCUUCCCACAGAACACCGCCAUGGGAAACUCCACCGGCGCUGCCGUUGGCAGCAUCCUCAGUGAUGCGGGAGUGCCCAUCAACUCUGGGGGCUUCGGCCUCUCCGGCUUGUCUGGCUUCGGCAGAGGCUACUGUGGCAGGAGGUGCUUCCCCUGCUAAAGAUGCUGACCAUGGCUCUGGGGAAGGUCCCCAUGGACACUCAGUAUGGUCCCACAUUGGGGACGGGGCAUCAGUUUGUAGCUUUGAGAGGAGCUGAGCAACCCCACCACCCCUUGUAACAGGACAGGGCCAGCCUGGGCUCUCAAAAAGCAUGGUCCGUGCCUGUCUUUCCCCUCUGCCAUUCUCUCCGUUCCCUCCCAUGUCCUUGUUUUCUUACGCUCCCCUGGGCUGUGAGCCCCAUCAAGGCAGUCUAGGGAGGACCUGUGGCCCUACUGCCUCUGUGGGACAGGCAGAUGGACACCCGGUGGCAUCUCUGCCACAGCCCUGAGGUGAAUUCGCCUUUCUUUCCCUAGUUCUCCCUACACAAGGAUCGCUAAUCAAAUUGAAAUUGUUUCCCCCUGUCUUGACUCAUUAAAGUUCUGAUGCAUCCCAGCCA